CCGAAACUGUCUUGGGCCCUUGAUUAAGAGCACAAGCGCGGCGCAGUCGUCUCGGGUGGACUCGUCGUCUCCUCUGAGCUCGAGACCGACCGAAACGCACCGGCGUCGGAGCGGCUAGGCGAAGGCGGGGCCCAACGCCGGCGAGCGGCGGCAGCGUGCUCGCCGCCAUGGACGAGCAGGAGUUCCGGCGCAUGCUCGACCUCUUCCCCGUCGUCCGAUCCCGCGACUACUGCAAGGAUGAAGUGGAAUCAUCAAGCGAAGGCACCACACAGCAAACACGAGCUCAGGAGAUAAAAGGAACCAAAAAGAAUGCUGCAGAAGCUCUAUUCCUGCGGAAAUUGAAGAUGGCUGCUGAGAAAAAGGUUGGAGCAACAAAGGCAGAACUAUUCUGCAAGACAUUCGAAGAAGCUCACGAGAAACUUGUUUACAAAGAACUGGAUCUGGAUGCUGCUCAAAGGUUCCUGAAUGCCUACAAGAGCUGAUGAUGAGCUGUUGCUAGAUGCCUAGAAGAUUUGGUUUUCAUUCAUCAGAAACUGCUGAAGAUGUGAUGAUGUUAAGAUUUCUGAUAUUUCCUUUGUGGUUCCCAUCUUCUGCAAAACCAUGUAGACAGCCCUGGUCAACCAGCUACAUUAUUCAGAUGUACUGUGUUAUCCUUAACAUAGACCACAUGUAUUUUUCUUCCA